AGAAAAUCAAUCGGGGGAAAAAAGGCUCCGAAACUGAUAAGCCGUUGUUGACCAAACGGACCUAGGAAUCGGUUUUGCACGCUGAGUGGCUUUAGUUUCAGUAAUCGGCGUGCAAUCAUGGCUACACUUCGACGCUUCGUGGGGCAAUUCAACGCUCUGCCCGCCAUUGUUCUGCUGCUGCUGCUUCCGGUAUGCUGUAUCGGGCGACCGUCAAGGACUUCGAUCACCGACAACGGUGAUACGAUAUCGGCCGCUGGUUCAAGUGGAUUCGGUUACGAGUUGCUUCGCAGUCAGCUGGACGAAAUGCAGGCGAGCAUUUCACAGCUGCAGCAAACUGCCAACCGGCCGAACGAGUGUGCAGGACUGGACGCCAACAUCGCUACCAUUCUGAACCGUCUCGAAGCGAUCGAAAAUGGAAUGAAGGGUGAUGUAAACAAUAGAUUCUUAGCGCCGCCCAAUCCUCCUUCGCCACCGAGAUCCACACUGCCUGAACGCAACGGGUUCGACGAGGAAACGCUACAAAGAUUUAUCGAAAAUGCUGCAAAUGCGCGUUGGCGCGCGUUGCAAACGCAGGAAAUGCUCAACGCUAGAACGCGUGAAUAUUCUACACCGCAACCACGAUUCCGGCAAUCCGUAUACGAUAGAGUGUACAACUCUUGUGACGAUGUUCCGGAGUCGGGCGUGUGGAAGAUCCGCCAAGGCACACAGGUAACCAACGUUUCUUGUGUAAAAUUUUAACCAACCGCAUCUAGCCUACCACAAAAAGGGAAUGCUUGCCGAAAAUAAACUAGCCUGGAUGAAUUUGCUUACCAA